GUUUUCUUUUUGUCAUGCUUUUUGUGCUUGUUGAUGGUUGUUGGGCUGUUUAUUCUUUUAAAUGUUACUUUUUUUUUGCUUUUUGGAGUAUAAACUUGGCUUGAAUUUUUCUGAAGAGAGAGAUCAACAAAAUCACUUGCUAAACGGGUCGGGCACAGUGAGAAUUUGGGUUUGGGUUUUGGAAAUUUGCGUUUUUUUCUUGGCAUGGAUGUGGGGAUUUUGGGUGGUUUUUAAUAGUGGGGUUUUGCAAUUCAUUUACUUGCAUCCUGUAAUUCACCUAGGGUUUAGAUGAGUCCACCUGCUAUGGUGAAGAUGGAAGAUACUGAAGUUUCAGCUUCCAACAGCUCAAAUUCCGAAAGCAGAGAUUCAGACCCCGUCCGAGCUCGAUUUACUGAUUUGUGCAAGAAUGGAUUGUCGUUGGAUGAGAAUCCUUACACACAAGCUAUGAAGUUGUUCAAAGAAACGAAACAUCUAUUAAUAACAAAUGCUUCGGCUAUUGGAAAUGGAACACCUGAAGAAGCAGAAAGGUUCUGGUUUGCCUUUGUUUUGUACUCCGUGAAAACAUUGAGUGAGAAGAAUUCAGACAAUUCUCAGCUGAGCUCUGAUGAUAAUGGUUUUUCUCUCUUCCAAAUUUUGAGAGCUGUGAAGCUGAACAUUGUAGAUUUUUUCAAGGAGCUUCCUCAGUUUGUUGUUAAGGCCGGCCCAAUUUUGAGUAAUCUUUAUGGCAUAGAUUGGGAAAACAAACUUGAGGCAAAAGAGUUGCAGGCAAAUUUUGUGUACUUGAGCCUGUUAAGCAAGUGAGUGUCCUUUCAUCUGCACCAUUGUGCCUGAUGUAUUAUUAUGUCUGAUGGUUUAAGAAU